CUGCCAAGAAGCACUUGCCGCCAAAGUAGUCAUCAUAAUGCUGUGUGUAAGAACUGACUAAUAUAUACCAGCUCGGUUGGCAGUCAACUAUCGCCCACAGCCGGAGAUGCUCCCACCACCAUCACCACCAUAAUUACCACCGACCACCACCCCUCCACCUCCACAUCCACAUCCACAUCCGUCUCCCUACCGAAUCUCUCUAAUGGGUAGCACUGACGAACCCAACAAAUCCACUUCUCUCUUCGACUACUCUUCCCCCUCAGAGCCUUUCCUCUCAAAAACCCCUUUCUCUUCUUCUCCUCCAAUUGAAGAAGCCAGCCCGUCCCUCGCAGAUGAAUCCGAACCUACCCAGUACCCUCAGAUCUCUUACAAUUAUGGUCCCAGAUCCUUCAAGGACCUUCCCUUUCUCAUUCUCUUUGCUUUCUGUGUUCUUUGCACUUUCGCUUUUGGUAUCUUCUCUGUUUUCCAUAGAAACCCAAAUUACUCGAAGCUUUCCUCCUAUACAUACGACUCCAACUCAACUUCUUGCGUUAAGGACUCCUUGUCUUCUUCUGAUGAUGGUUUUUUCGAAACCCAUGUGUAUUUUUACUUUUUGAGUUCGUCGAACUCUGGUGUUUGGAAAGCUUUGAUAUGGAGCCUUGUAAUAACUUUCAUUUUGAGUGCACCCAUUUGUUUUCUUUUGCUUUUGUUGCUCAAGCAUUACACGAAGCAGAUUGUGUACAUGUCCCUUCCUUUCUUUAUUGUUAUUCCCAUCUUUUUCAAUGUUUAUUGGUUCGUUGCUUGCACAGUUAGCUCUUCUUGUAGCGAUGGGUUGCCGUUGGUUUAUAGGAUUUUGGUGCUGAUUUUUGUCUUCUUGGUUAUUGGGGUCAUUGUGUGGAUCUUUGUAGCUAAUUGGCAUAGAAUUGAGUUGACUGUGAUGAUAAUUGGGGUUGCUUCCGAUGCACUUUCGAAGAAUUUGGGCUUGUUUGUGGCUUUACCAUUGUUGAUACUUUGUUUAGUGGUUUAUUAUGCUCCAAUUGUCGUGUUUUUGGUGUUUUCAAGGCUGAAUGGGAAAAUUGUGCCGAAGGAAACCAGUGCAGGGUACACUUGUGUUUGGAAGCAGGAUAGUUGGGUGCCUGCGUACUAUGCAUUGGCAAUUCUUACGAUGCUGUGGUCUUUGGCUGCAAUGAUCGAAGCUCAAGUGUAUGUGAUCAGUGGAACUGUUGCGCAAUGGUACUUCACGAAGGAAGACUCGGCUCCUAAGCGGAGUAUUAGAAGUUCUUUGAGAAAUGCAUUUGGCCCCUCCUCUGGAACUGUGUGCCUAUCUGGACUACUUAUUUUUGUUGUUCGUAUGGUGCGGGGUGCUGUUGACAGUGCAAAACAAGAGGAUAUUCCUGGGGUGGUGAAUCUUGUACUGCAGUGUUGUGUUAAUGCAUUGUUAUCAGCAGUAGAUUUUCUUAACAAGUUCACAAUCAACUUCGCAGCAAUAACUGGUGAAGCCUACUGCACCUCUGCAAGGAUGACAUAUGAGCUCUUAAAACGCAAUCUUCUCUCUGCCGUUUUUGUGGAGACUGUCUCAUCUCGAGUGUUGGCUGGAAUUGCCUUUGUCCUCUCAGCAGUAUAUGCAAUUGUGGUGUGUGCCAUCUUGAAGGGUGCUUGCAAUCUUGGGGUUGACUCAUACUUUGUAGCUGUUCUUUCAUGGGUGCUGUUGUUUGUGAUGCUGGUGUUCUUUGUCCAUGUGCUGGACAAUGUGAUCGACACUGUUUACAUAUGCUAUGCCAUAGACAGAGACAGAGGCGAGGUUUAUAAACAAGAAGUUCAUGAGGUUUACGUUCAACUACCCAUUAGCAGAAACCAUAGAUCGCCUAUCGUUCCCAAAACUCCCGAUGUAUGAUAAAAAUCCUUGACCUAUCAUGUGCUGCUUUUUGUUUGUGAUUUGUUGUUUUGGAUGCAACUGCCAGUUGAUAAGUUGUUGUAUAACUUCAUUUGAUGCUUUGUACAAUUCUGAGUGUUGUUCAAUAAACACAGAAGUUUCCAGGCAAA